AUUGAGCGUAGUACGUUUUUUGGCAAUGGCGAAAGCACCUCCUCCAGAACUAGUAGAGAGAUCCCCCAUGGCCAUAGCAGCCAGCAGCAAAGUAGCUCAUCAUCAUCAUCAUCACCAGCGCCCUACUUCUACUAAUUCUAUGUCGUCGUCUUUCUUCUCCCCAAAACUCUCCAUCUACAUCCUCUCUGCCUGCGUCGCCCUCUUUGUCAUCUUCCACAUCCAGUCCCUUCAAACUCCUCUUGAUUCCAUAUCGUCGCUGCCUUCAUGGUCUCUCAAUAAUGUCAUGCGCCGCCAGUGGCAGAGAGUCGACAACAACACCACCACCACGGCGGAAGAGGAGAACAACCACACCGACUCGCUGAACUCACUAAGAGACAGACUCCGGCAAUCAGUCACGUUUCUCCCGCUCAAGGACUUACGUUACGCCCACGCGGCACUCGUCGGGCACACGUGGUUCAUGAGCUCCAUGUACGACUCGAGUGACCAAGAAGGUGAGGUCCAGUACCAGCACUUCCCUUCACAUUCCUCCAGCAACAGACUCCUCUGCCUCAAAGGCCGCGACAGCCACGACGGCUCCUGGAACUCGUACGCCCUCGCGUGGCCCGACGCGCUUCCCCACAACGCAACCCUACUGACCGGCCUCUCCUUCAUUUCCUACAACCACUACGACUACGACAACAUAUGGCACGGCCUGUCCGCCCUCAUGCCCUUCGUCGCGUGGCACAAGAAGCACUCAUGCGCCAAUUCACCCGAGCGGUGGAUUUUGUACCACUGGGGGGAGAUUAGGUCCGGGAUGGCACUGUGGCUGACUAGUCUCAUGGAGGCUACUUUCGGGGGGCCGCCUCUCGUGGAAGUGUUUGAUGGGGUUGAGGAAGGGACGGCAGUCUGUUUCGAGAAGGCGGUGGUGAUGAGGCACAACGAAGGUGGGAUGUCUAGGGAUCAGAGAAUGGAGGUCUAUGAUCUAAUGAGGUGUAAGGCAAGGGCUUACUGUAAGGUGAUCAGCUCAGACCGUCGGAGCAGGGAGAUUGGGAUGACGUUGUUCAUGAGGACGGGGCCGCGAUCCUUCCAGAACGAGAGUGCAGUGGUCGGGAUCUUUGAGAAAGAGUGUGCCAAGGUCCAUGGUUGCCGCUUGAUGGUCGCUCACUCCAAUAACCUCACUUUCUGUGACCAGGUGAAGCUAAUGAGCAGGACAGACAUAUUGAUAUCCCCACACGGCGCGCAGUUAACCAACAUGUUCUUAAUGGACAGAAACAGUAGUGUGAUGGAGUUCUUCCCAAAAGGUUGGCUAAAACUAGCCGGUGUAGGGCAAUUCGUGUAUCACUGGAUCGCAAGCUGGUCCGGUAUGAGACACCAAGGUGCAUGGCGAGACCCGAACGGCGAGAUUUGCCAGUACAGUGAAGAUGAUCGCCGUUGCAUGUCCCUCUACAAGAACGGAAAAAUUGGAAUCAAUGAGACAUAUUUUUCUGAGUGGGGUAGAAUUACACUUAAUCAAGUAAAGAGAAGGAACAUGGAAGAAGCAGGAAAGGGUGUAAACUUUACUGGCUGCAUCUGUGGGUGA